AAAAAAAACCUGUAAGUGAACAACUGCCGUCGCUUACCGGCAAAAUUGCUUGGGGUCAGAGAUGAGCAGUAAACUCGUCACUGCUGAAUCACCCUCCAUGGAUCUCGACCUCGACUCCUUCCUCAAUUCACCCGCUUCCUCCGACGACGAAAAUGACGACAAUAGCACUGACGCCGCUGCCUUACGUUCUGUUCCUCACCGCACAGUCGACGAAAUCCUUAACGAUUGUGAUACCUCUUCAUCCUCAUCGUCCUCUCCUCCUCCCUCGCCAUCUUCUUAUCUGCGCCAAACUCAUCGCCCCUCGGAUCCCACAGUCACUAGCCAAGCCUCUUCUUCCCGAAACUCGGUCUCAGAAUUUCCACUUGACGGUAGCCAGAAGAAUCCAGAACCUCAGAAACUUGCCAACUUGGACGAUAGGAUAGGCCAGUCCAGAGCUAGCUAUUUUUCUCGGGUCAAACCUGCAGAGAAACCCGAUGACCGUUCUCUAGGGGUUUUGCGCCCAUUCUCAACUCUUUUCCCUGGGGUGAGGUCGAAUGCGAAACCUGGUGCGGCGUUGGCUGCUGCCGCUGCCGCUUCUAGAUCGAUACCGACGCCACAUGCAGCUGCGAUCAAGUCGAGGAGGGCGGGGAGUGGGACUCUUCAGAAAGUUCAAGAUAGUGGUGAAUUGAAUUCAACUAUUGGCGAUGAUUCUGAUAUCUCUUCUAAUGGUGAUUUGGGCGGGGCUGGUCUCUAUGUUUCCAAGUCUAGUGAGAAAUCAGAGGAAGUUGAUGAGAAACUGGAUGAUUAUCAGUCUUCUGAAGUUAACCAUGUUGAUCAGGUGUCAAAAAAUGUUGAGACUUUUGAGGAUAAGCUAGAGACCGUGCCCAAUGUGCAUUUUGAGAAUGAAGCAGUAGUUGCGACUGAAGUGGAUAAUUCGAACCCUGCUAUCGGUAAUGUUAUAAUUGAGCAGCAGAAUGAUUCUUCUUCUGUAAUGGAAGAGAAUAAAAGUUCCGAAGAAUAUUCUGCAAUCCCGUGCCCCAGUAACAUUGAAAAUGGUAUUGAGACAUCUGUUUCUGCUUGCGAACCUAAUUCUAGAAGGAAUACGAAUUCUGAUCCAUUUGUUGACAAGGAUUUUAAUGAAAACAAGAGUCCUUAUAUUGAUACUAGCAACAAGGGAUUGAAUGCGGAUGGGUCAAAUACUGCAUCUGCGGAAACAGAAGAACUUGCGAAUGCUAAUGCUUGGAUGAAGGAUGAUGAAGACAACCUGACUGAUGAUGGCAAUGAUGACGGCAGUAGUUCAACAAGUGACGUUUCUGAGCUGGUAAAAGAGACACUUGAGCAACUGGAAAACAAAAGGGCCAGUAGGAGAGCAGAGAAGAAAUUACACGCUUCAAAGAAGCCACUUGAAUUAGCUGAAGAACUCGAGAAAAAGCAUGCUUCUACUGGUUUGCACUGGGAAGAAGGUGCUGCUGCCCAGCCAAUGAGGCUCGAGGGUGUCCGAAGGGGUUCUACAACAUUGGGAUAUUUUGAUACUAGUGCUGACAAUGUCAUCUCAAGAGUCAUCUCAUCCCAAACAUUCAGGCGUGAACACGGUUCCCCUCAAGUCCUGGCAGUUCAUGCUAAUUACAUCGCAGUUGGAAUGACAAAAGGACUCAUUUUUGCGGUUCCCAGUAGAUAUUCCCCUUAUCAUGCUGACAAUAUGGAUGGAAAGAUGUUGAUGCUUGGCAUGCAAGGUGAUCGAUCACAUGUUCCAGUAACAUCCAUGUCUUUUAAUCAGCAAGGGGACCUACUUUUAGCUGGUUAUGGUGACGGUCGUGUUAUUGUUUGGGAUGUACAUAAAGCAGUGGUUGCAAAAGUUAUUAGUGGAGAGCAUACAGCACCAGUAGUGCAUGCGUUCUUUUUGGGACAGGAUCCUCAAAAUACUCGUCAGUUUAAAGCAAUUACUGGUGAUAGCAAGGGUCUGGUUCUCUUGCAUAGCAUCUCAUUGGUUCCUUUGCUUAAUAGGUUCUCCAGUAAAAGUCAGUGUCUACUUGAUGGCGAAAGAACAGGCUUGGUGCUUUCGGCCUCACCCCUCCUUUCUGAUGAAUUCAGUGGAAGUGCAUCAUCUUAUUCCCAGGGAAAUACUCUGGCUUCAACAAGCAGUAUCACUAGCAUGAUGGGAGGAGUUGUUGGGGGAGAUGCAGGUUGGAAACUCUUCAAUGAAGGCUCUUCUUUAAUUGAGGAAGGUGUGGUCAUAUUUGUCACCCAUCAAAAUAUACUGGUGGUACGAUUGUGUCCUUCACUUGAAGUCUAUGCCCGGCUCCUCAGGCCAGAUGGAAUUCGGGAGGGUUCAAUGCCGUAUACUGCAUGGAAAUAUAUGGGGCAAUAUCGUAAUUCUGCUGAAAACAGGUCUGUGGAAGCUGUGGAAAGAGUUUCCCUGCUUGCAAUUGCUUGGGAUCGGAAAGUUCAGGUUGCAAAGUUGGUCAAAUCAGAACUAAAAUUUUAUGGGAAAUGGUCUCUUGACAGUGCAGCUAUAGGUCUCGCAUGGUUGGAUGAUCAGAUGCUGGUAGUUCUAUCAUCAGCUGGGCAGCUUUACUUAUUCGGAAAGGAUGGAACUGUGAUCCACAAAACAAAUAUUGGUGAAGAUGGUAUUGGAGGAGAUGAUCUGGUGGUUUACCAUACUCAGUUCAUUAAUAUAUUUGGAAACCCUGAAAAAGCCUACCAUAACAGUAUUGCUGUACGUGGUGCUUCUAUUUAUAUACUUGGCCCGACACAUCUUGUUGUUUCCCGUCUUCUCCCAUGGAAAGAGCGCAUUCUGGUUUUGCGGAAAGCAGGUGACUGGAUGGGUGCCUUGAACAUGGCGAUGACUCUGUAUGAUGGUCAAGCUCAUGGGGUUAUUGACCUUCCUAGAAACCUGGAUGCCGUACAGGAGAUCAUAAUGCCCUUCUUGUUGGAGUUGCUUACAUCCUAUGUUGAUGAAGUGUUCUCGUACAUUUCAGUGGCAUUUUGCAACCAACUUGGUAAAGUGGAUCAAUCUCAGGAUUCAAAUGGUGGAAGCUCUUCCGUGCAUUCUGAGAUAAAAGAGCAGUACGUUCGUGUUGGUGGAGUUGCUGUUGAAUUCUGUGUUCAUAUCAAAAGAACAGACAUACUUUUUGAUGAAAUUUUCUCUAAAUUUGUAGAUGUUCAACAGAGAGACACAUUUUUGGAACUUCUGGAGCCAUACAUUUUGAAGGACAUGCUUGGAUCUCUGCCUCCUGAGAUUAUGCAAGCUCUGGUAGAGCAUUAUAGCACCAAAGGGUGGUUACUGAGGGUAGAGCAAUGCGUUCUUCAUAUGGACAUAUCUUCCUUGGAUUUCAAUCAGGUUGUUAGAUUAUGCCAGGAGCAUGGACUAUAUAGCGCAUUGGUGUAUCUUUUUAAUAAAGGACUGGAUGAUUUCAGGACACCUUUAGAGGAGCUGUUUGCUGUCUUGCAAAGUAGCCAAAAGGAAAGUGCUACUACACUCGGGUAUAGAAUGCUGGUUUAUCUGAAGUACUGCUUCACAGGUCUUGCUUUUCCACCAGGGCGUGGAACUAUUCCUCCUCCACGCUUGCCAUCUCUAAGAAAAGAACUUGUAGAGCUUUUGUUGGAGGAAUCAAAUGUGCUGAAAUCACAAAGGGUUUCAGAUUUAGGGGUUAUACGACCAUGCCUGAAUUUAUAUCUUCUCCUAGAGUUAGAUACUGAAGCUACAUUAGAUGUUUUAAGAAGUGCUUUUGUGGAAGAUGAAAUCUCAAAUUCCAGCUCAUCUUCAGUGGAUUUAGCCAACAGAGAUGAUGAAGACGCAAAGAAGGGAAUUCAUGAUAUUAUGGAAACUCAAAAUCUUUUGGUUCAGAAUACAGUGGAUGCUCUCAUUCGCAUAAUUGAUAAGAUUGUUUCUCCCACAGAUACAAACUCCGUCAGUGGUGAAGAUGGAUCGCUAAAAGAAUGGCCUUCAAACAAGGACAUUGGUCACAUAUAUGAGUUCAUUGCGUAUUAUGUUGCACUUCAAAGAGCUAAAGUCUCAAGGAGUGUGUUAUUUCAAAUAUUAGAAUAUUUGACCUCAGACAGUGUAUUUCCAAUUAGUGGCUCUUUGUUGAGUUCAACUUCAGAAAAAAGAGAAAAACAAGUGCUUGCUCUUCUGAAAGUAUUGCCUGAGCCAGACUGGGAUCCAUCGUAUGUGCUAGGCCUUUGUGAGAGAGCACAAUUCCACCAGGUUUGUGGGUUUAUUCAUGCCAUCAGACAUGAGCAUGUAGCAGCAUUGGAUAGCUAUAUGAAAGAUGCAGAUGAACCUAUUCAUGCCUUCUCCUUUAUCAACACAAUGUUAAUGCAGCUGACUGGCAAUGAACGUGCUGCUAUUCGAUCAGCAGUAAUAUCUCGUAUUCCUAAGCUGGUUGAAUUGAGCAGGGAGGGUACCUUCCUAAUGGUUAUCAUUCAUUUCAGUGAUGAGAGUUCACAUAUCAUUACCGAACUUCACUCUCAUCGCAGAAGUCUUUUCCUUUAUUUAAAGACGCUCGUUGAGGUUCACUUAUCUGGAACACUGGACUUAUCUAAAUUUAGAAAGGGUGAUAUUGUGGAUGCAACCAGUGGAAAGCAGGUUAAGGAUAAUCCACAAGGAGUUGAUGCUUUCUUGGAUAUUCUUUCUAAUAUUCCCAAGUACAUUCGUGAAAGUCCUAUUCAUGUUACUGAUGAUCUAAUUGAGCUUUAUCUUGAGCUAUUAUGCCAGUACGAAGGUGGUUCGGUCCUUAAAUUUUUGGAAACGUUUGAUAGCUAUCGGGUGGAACAUUGUUUACGUCUGUGCCAGGAAUAUGGAAUUAUAGAUGCUGCUGCAUUUUUAUUAGAAAGGGUUGGUGAUGUUGGUAGUGCUCUUCUUCUUACACUUUCUAGUCUGAGUGAGAAAUUUGUUGAGCUUGAUGCUGCUGUGGAAACUGUAAUUUCAAAUCCUUCCUUGAAGGGUUCUUCCCGUAUGAAAUUGUUCAACACUGUUUCAAGAAUGAAAGAGGUGAACGACAUACAGAGUUCAUUGCACGCUUGCAUUGGCCUGUGCCAGAGGAACACCCCUCGUCUAAAUCCUGAGGAGUCAGAGGCACAUUGGUUUAAGUUACUUGACUCGUUUUGUGACCCGCUGCUGGAUUCAUAUGUUGAUGAGAGGGCUUCUGAAAGAGAGAAUUAUUUUCAGAUGUUUGCUGGAUCACCAGUUUCAAAACUGAAAAAGGACACAGGCAAAAGCAGAUGGAAAAUCUCGAAGUCUCAUGGCGCUGAUGUCUUGAGGAGAUUGUUCUCCUUGUUCAUCAAGGAGAUUGUUGAAGGAAUGAUAGGUUAUGUUCACCUUCCAACUAUCAUGUCCAAACUCCUUUCUGAUAAUGGCAGUCAAGAAUUUGGCGAUUUUAAGCUAACCAUUUUGGGUAUGCUUGGGACAUACGGCUUUGAAAGAAGAAUUCUGGAUGCCGCCAAAUCCUUGAUAGAGGAUGAUACGUUUUAUACUAUGAGUUUACUCAAGAAAGGAGCAUCUCAUGGGUAUGCCCCCAGGAGUAUAGUAUGCUGUAUUUGUAAUAGCCUUCUAACGAAGAACUCCGUUAGCUCUGGAGUUCGUGUUUUCAACUGCGGCCAUGCGACUCAUCUCCACUGUGAAGCUUUGGACGUUGAUUUAUUGGGUAGAGGUUCUCAAUCUGGAUGCCCUGUAUGCAUGCCUACCCAAAAAUUCCAGCAGCCUAAAAGCAAAUCAGUUGUGGCUGAGAAUGGCUUGGUGAAUAAAUUCUCAUCCAGACGUCAACACUCUAAUGGAAGUACCUUCCAUCCACAUGAAAGCGAUUUAUCAGAGAAUACAUAUGGGCCUCAACAGACUUCACGGUUUGAGAUUCUAUCCAGCUUGCAUAAAGAUCAGAGAUUUGCACAAAUAGAAAGCUUGCCUCAGCUGAGGCUCGCACCUCCAGCUUUGUACCAUGAGAAGGUAAAUAGAGUGACAGAUCUUGUGGCUGCAGAAAGCAGCAGCAGUGCUGCAGUUGCAGAGAAACAAAGUCAAAAUAAGCAAAAUCGAGAGCUUCGAGUUAAGGGGUCUGCGAUUCGGUUCCCAUUAAAAUCAAGUAUAUUCGGCAAGGAGAAGAACAAUAAGCGGUGACCAACCUUUUCAACUGAAACAGACAGAUGAAGCACUAACCACUGUAUAGACUAACGAUGUCAUUUUUCCCUCCUAGGCUGUCUGUAGUUUUGGUGUUUGUUGGGUCUCAACCAUUUAUAUUCUUUUGUAUCUCAUUUUUGUAUAGGUGAUUAGCAUCAAUCAAUAUCAAUUAGUCUUCCAUAUUUCACUAAUAAAACAAAUUCUUGGAAGCCAAUAAUGAGCAUUUACUGUUCAUAUAGGUCAUUAUCGUCUCUUAAUUGGGCUGUGCUUCAUUUA